GCCUACAUAUAAUUACAGAGGUCCGCACCUCGGUUACCUCAUAGCUGGUUACGGUAAUGCAGCCAAUGUGCCACUAUGAAACUCCACAGUUCACAGCGGCCACUUCAAACUUCAAACAAGAAUAAUUUAAAUGCUCUCUGUGUAUUUUGUCUCUGUAGGACCUCAGACUCCAAAGAAUCGUGUCAGAAGAAGGUGUUUUACUGCAGCGACUCUGGGAGUGAUGUAUCUUCUGAUAUUGGCUGGAGUCUUCAUACGCUAUAUUUCAGUCACUUUGGAAAAAGACCAGCUGCAGACCAGAUACGACAAACUGUACAACAACUACAGCGAGCUGCAGGGACAAAUUUCAGCAGUCAACAUCAGUCAGUUACAGAGCAGUUACGAGACACUGAGGAAAAAUCACAGCCAGUUACAGGAUGAAGUAAAGCAGCUGAAGGACAAACUUGAUGUUGAGAAAAGGAAAUGGUGUCCUGAAGGAUGGAAGAGAUUUGGAUUCAGCUGUUACUUUAAAUUCAAUGAGGAGAAAACUUGGUAUAACAGUAGAAGUGACUGUCAAGAGAAAGGAGCACAUCUGGUGAUCAUAAACAACGAAGAGGAACAGAAAUGUGUCACUGAGCUGAACAAGGAUGGAGACUCCUGGAUUGGUCUACGGUUCACACGAAAACAGACAAAAACAGGAUGGGAAUGGAAAUGGGAGGACGACUCGCCGCUGACACUAAAGUUCUGGGCAACAGGACACCCGCACAGAAACAAUUACGCUGCAGCAUGCUGCGAUAAACAAGGAAAAUGGACAGAGAGCGGAUAUUAUGAUCGGAAGAAGAACUGGAUCUGUGAGAAAGAGCUUUCCUGUUUAUCUUGAGGACAGAGGGGUGUGUAGUGUUGGGAUCAACUUUGUCAAAUCAGACCAACUCACAUUUUACAUUUACAUAGAUAUUGUUCCUCUGCCCUACACAGUGAACAGUCUGGUUGGAAGUCAUCUACACAACUACAUGUGCACUUACCCUCUCUGCAGAGAGGGAUAUUACAACAGCCUGUUUUCAAAAAGCCUAAGAUGUCACAUACAUGACAACAAGGGGAAAGACGGCUCCUUUCUGUUUCAGUGUUAUUGAAGCCAUGAUCAUAAAGGACAAACCUCAUAGGCUUCUUCCACAGACCACUUACUGAUGUAGUUACACUUGGGAGGAGGAAAGAUUAUGAAUGUGUUUUGGAGAGAAGGAUGCAUCUGACGGCCAAUCAGAUUUCAAUCCAUUAUGGUUGCAUUUAUGCUGUGCUAUGUCAGAAGUUGUAGAUAUAAUCCUUAAAAAAAACAAAUUGCAUCAAACCUUCAAAAUUGUUGUCACUGAAUGUAAUCUAGUAUUUAAAAUUUGUUCAACGACAGAAUCAACAUUCUGCCGGUGCAGCCAGUUGGGAAACAUGUUUUCAUUCUGCAUGAAUGGCUGUAACUGUAUACAGUAAACAUAUUUAAGAUAGAUAAAUGAUUAAUUCAGAAAGGGAACACAUUACUGUUAAGCUGACGAUACACAUGGCAACUUUUUGAGAAGUCUUGCUAGUGGCGAGUCCGACUGUUUUGAACGAAUAGCGGGCGGGGCGCGGCGGGGGCCCCAGUGUUGGGGGGAGGGGAUUACGGUAGUAAUCUUUACUCAUCACCGGCAACAUUGCCCAGCACCAUUGCUCUAAAAGUUGCUCCGUGUAUUGACAGCUUUAGUCUUACAAAUGUAACAGUUAUGUAAUAGUUUUCAUCUUUAGACCCUAGAAAGAUGACAUGAAUGAAACAGAUUACACAUCCUAUGGUGUUUUACACAUACAGCAUAUUUUCUAGCUUUUGCUAUGGCUUUAUUUUUGAAAUGAUUAAUAUUGUUCACAUA